GUGAAUGCUCGGCUUCACCGUGCUCUUCCCAGCCUUCCGUGCCGGCGCUCCGCUCUCCGCUCCGCUCUCCCGCGCCGCCGCGUCGCACUCGCCGCUCUCCCGCUCCUUUGCCAUCAUGGGCCGCAAACCGGGUGUGAGCCCUCCGGAGGAGCUGGCCAGCUUUGUCGAACAGGCGGGCGGUGAUCUGGUCGUUGUCGACGUCCGCAACCCGGACUUUGAGAAGGAGCCGGGCGACGGCGAGACAAACAAGACCGCAAAGAUCGGAGACCCUAGCCGCAAGGCUGCGGUCAACAUCGUCUUCGACCGCGCCACCGCGUCGAUGGACCUCUCGCCGCUGGACGGCAAGGAUAAGGCGACCCCGAUCAUCUCGCACUGCGGCGGCGGCGGGCGCGGCCAAAAGGCGAAGGAAUACCUGGAGGCGAACGGCUUCACCAACGUCAAGAACGGAGGCGGGCCGGAGGACGCCGAGUGCUGGGCGGUUUUUGGAAGCAAGUAAAGGGAGGCGGGGGCAGAGGCAGAGGGGCGUUGCAGUAAUCCAGUACGGGGCAGAGGUAGAGGGGCGAUCUCUGCAGUGAUCCAGUACGCGCACACACUCACACCUCUGACUCGCGGUACCUGUAUUUGUUUAUUGAUACACAGCAAAGAUACGUACGCCA